AUGACCAUCGAUAAUCUGGACACUUCCGAAGACCACCAAAAAGAAAGUAGAAUAUUUUCAGUGGUUCAUGCUGAAUCCAAAAUUGAGGGUACGGAAGAAGGAGAGACAGAAGGAGGGGGAGGAGCAGCAACAACGGAGGAAAGUUCAGAAGAACUUGUGGAUGUUAAAGAAGCUAUUGAUGAAGCUUGUAAACCAUUAAAACAUCAUCUUGAACAAUGUACAGAAAGAGUUGAAGCUGGUGGAACUCAUGAAAAUUAUAAACGAGAUAGUGAACUUUUGGCUACCGUAGUUACCAUUGGUGCUUUAACUUUAUGUUUAAGUACCAUAGCAUUAUUUCCGGUAGAUAUAUUUUUGGUAUCAUCCACAACUAAUUCAGAAACUGGAUUAAAACAUUCUUGGGCUACCAAGGAUGUGGUGGAAAGUAUUGUGGGAGAAAUCAAAUCUGUUUAUUAUGUCGGAGAAAGAAGUAUUUCAUUCGUUAUGGCAGUUCUUAUGGUUUUGGGAAUGACAGUAUCUAUAACCUACACUGCACCAGGACUUUCAUUACUUCCCGUAAAAUUAAUAGUCGGAAUGAGAAAAUUUAAAAGUGAUAGUACUCAGAAAAAAAUUGAUGAUCUGUUAAAAAUUAAUCAAGAAAAGCAACGAGUUAUUAGAGCUAAAUAUAGUAAUGUUAAUAGUAAUAUGAUGUCAAGAGUUGAUACGAAACAAUUGGAAAAGUUACGAACUGAAGAAAGAAUUUUAAAACGUACAUUGAGAGAAUUUGAUGUACCUAAAACUGGAUUACGGUAUAUAUGGGACAAGAUUUUACUUAUUCUUAGACCGUUUGAAUUUAUAGGUGGCGUUAUAUUGUUAAUUUUAACAAUUGUGUUAAUACUUUCGAUGUUUUUGACUUGUAGUACCAUAAUUGGUGUAAUCUCAAUAGGCAUAAGAUUUUUAUGGAUCACUUUAUUCAAAAUACGUCGUCAAGCUACUCCACCUCAAGGAUUAUUAUUUGCCGCUAGUUUACUAAUGUUAAGUUUAUUGGCUUUGAAUUAUACUUUGACUAUGGUGGUUACUCCUCAGUAUGCUCAAUUCGGAAGUCAAAAAUAUUGUAAUCUUACUCAUGACGAUAUUCGGGAUUGUACAGAUUAUCCUCAAUUAAUUAUUCCCUGUGAUGUUACCGCUCCAACUGACAUCUGUACACCAACAGUAAUUUCCACAUUUCUUCAUCAAAUAAUGAUGAACACUCCAUUCUUUGGAAUUAUAUUAUAUUACGCCCAAUGGGUAUUUUUAGCAGUAGCAGGAUUAUCAUUUAUUUAUUCUGUUAUUAGGAUGUCGUUAGGUGGUAAUAAGUAUUAUUUAAGUGAUGAUGGCGAUGAAAGAGAUGAGUAUGAUGAAGGGGAAGAAGAAGCGUUACUUGGAGGUGGUAGAAGUAUAGAAGUGAUUGAAUAA